UUUGCUUUUUUCCAGACUAUGUCCUUACCAAUAGUGGUGAUUGUACAUGGGAACCAGGACUCUAAUGCCUGGGCCACCAUCCUGUGGGAUAAUGCCUUUGCAGAGCCUAACCGUAACCCGUUCUGCGUGCCAGCUGAAGUGACGUGGUCCCAGCUAGCGAGCGCCCUGAACUGUAAAUGGACGUAUGUCAACGGGAGACCACUGUCUGACAGCAACAUGAAAUACCUGGCAGCCAAAGCCUUCAACAUCAACAACCCUCCUGAGUCGGAAGAUUUUGGACAGUCAAAGAUCUCCUGGUCACAGUUCAACAAGGAGCCUCUGCAGCCCAACAGGAGCUUCACCUUCUGGCAGUGGUUUGAUGGUGUGAUGGAGCUGACCAAGAAGAACCUGAAGGGACCAUGGGAGGAUGGGACAAUCUUGGGUUUUGUCAACAAAGACAGAGCCAGGGACACCAUGCUGAUGUCCAAACAGAAUGGCACCUUUCUGCUGCGCUUCAGUGAUUCAGAGAUAGGGGGCAUCACUAUCGCAUGGGUAGCCCAGGACCCAAAUAACCCAAGUGAAAGACAAGUGUGGAACCUGCAGCCGUUCACUACGCGGGACUUCGGGAUUCGUUCCCUGGCUGACCGUAUCCACGAUCUGCCUCAUCUGGUCAACCUGUACCCCGACAUUCCUAAAGACGAGGCCUUCUCCAAGUACUACACACCUAUCCGAGAGAAGAACCCCCAGAAUGAUGGCUACGUUCCCGCGGCCCUGAAGGCAACAGUAGAAACCUUACCCCCUCCCAUCGCCUCCCCGAUGACCUAUGACAACCCCAACACCCCCCUCCCCAUGGAGGGGCCCACCUCCCCCACAGAGAAACCCACCAUCAUGAGUCCGGACUCGGAGAUGCUCGGCGCCUGCGGACCAGCUGACUUUGACGGCAAUGGUGGCGAGGCAGACAUGUCUGACGACUUCUUGAGUGAGUUAUCAAAUCUCUCCUCGGAAAACCUGACGGACAACAUAGAUGUCAACAAGCUUCUCAACCUGGAGUUUGUGGACAAGGACGCCAAACCCUUCUGAGUCAUUGUCUUUCUCCUUAACAUAUCAUUAUCAAAACAGCUAAUCAUUUGAAAUUCUAUACCAAUGAGACAUAUUAUACAAGAAAAAGCACUAAUCUUCUUACUCAGUAGAGAUUGUUAGGCUAAAUGAA